AUGUCGCUCAGCAGCCUGCCGUCCUUCCCGCUGGCGCUUACCUACGACGACGUCUUGCUCGUCCCACAAAUGAGUCCGGUGCGCUCCCGCAAGAGCGUCUGCACCAGCACUCGCCUCUCGCGCAAUGUAAAGCUGCAGAUCCCCAUUGUGGCGAGCAACAUGGACACGGUGUGUGAGCACCAGACAGCGAUCGCCAUGGCCCGCGAGGGCGGCAUUGGCAUCCUGCACCGCUUUUGCAGCGUUCAGGAGCAGUGUGCGAUGCUGUCCAAGGUGAAGCGGGCACAGUCCUUCCUGAUUGAGAACCCCCGCAUGAUCAUGGCCCACCAGACGGGUGAGGAGGCGCUUGCGGGGCUGCAGUGGAAGGGCCGGAAAGGCGGCGUCGGGUGCCUCAUGGUCGUGGACAACUUCUCCUCGCGAAAGCUGCUUGGCAUCAUCACACGGCAGGAUUUGGUCUUUGCUCCCCCGGGGGAGCCGGUGUCGCGGCUCAUGACCCCGCUUGAGCGGCUGGUGGUGUCGCGGAAUCUGGGGGUGACGCUGGAGGAGGCGCGGGAGAUGCUGCGGCGGCACCGCACGUCGAACAUCCCGAUUCUCGGGAAGGACAACUCCCUCAUGUACCUUGUCACCCUCUCCGACGUGGUGAAGCUCACGGAGAACAAGCACGCGUCCCUCGACAGCCGCGGCCGCCUGCUCGUGGGCGCCGCCGUGGGGGUGAAGAAGGACGAUAUGACGCGCGCCGCGAGGCUGGUCGAGGCUGGCGCCGACGUGCUCGUGGUGGACAUUGCCCACGGCCACAGCAGCAUCUGCAUCGACAUGGUCAAGCGGCUCAAGGCCGACCCGCGCACAAACAAGGUUGACAUCGUGGCCGGCAACAUUGCGACGGGCGAGGCGGCGGAGGAGCUCAUCCUCGCCGGCGCCGACGGCCUGAAGAUUGGGGUGGGGCCUGGCAGCAUUUGCACCACCCGCCUCGUCGCCGGCUCCGGGGUGCCGCAGCUGAGCGCCGUGCUGGCCUGCACGCGGGUGGCGCGAAAGCACGGCGUCCCGUGCAUCGCCGACGGAGGAAUAAAAACGGCGGGAGACAUCUGCAAAGCCAUCGCGGCGGGGGCCGACACCGUCAUGGUUGGAAACCUGCUCUCCGGCACCGACGAGGCCCCGGGCCGCGUGCUGGUGAAGGAUGGCAAGAAGGUGAAGAUCAUCCGCGGCAUGGCGGGGUUUGGCGCCAAUCUCAGCAAAGCAGAGCGCGAGCGCACGCUGGACGAAGACACCUUCGCCGACAUGGUGCCGGAGGGGGUGGAGGGUAGUGUGCCCUGCAAGGGGCCGCUGGCCCCCAUCCUGCAGCAGCUCGUCGGCGGCCUCCGCUCGGGCAUGUCGUACAGUGGUGCCUGCAGCAUCAAGGAGAUGCACGCGAAGGCUAAGUUCGUGCGUAUGACGGGAUCCGGACUGCGGGAGAGCGGCAGCCACGACAUCUCAAAGCUGUGA